AUGUCUGAGAAUACAGUUACUUGUACUGAGUGUGGAAAUCAAUUUAAGUUCUUAAAAAAUCUUAGAGCUCAUACUAAAAAAAAACAUCCCUUAACAGAUAUUGACAGUAUAGCACCAACCAAAAGAAUAAAAAACAAGGAAUUAUAUGUGUUCUCCUGUAACGAAUGUGACAAAUCAUUUUGCCAUAUAAAAAAUCUCAAUGAACAUAAAGCAAUUGCCCAUUCAAUAGAAAUAGUUAAACCUGAUUUCAUGUAUCCCAUAGAAUGUCUUGAAUUCGAAAAUAUUGAAAAUUUUAAUUUAUGGAAAAAUGAAAUGGAACAUAAAUCUAAAUCAUGUUACAUAAAAAAUUGUGGAUCUAUUGAUAAUGAUCAUAGUAAUAAAACAUUUAUAUACUAUAAAUGCCAUAGGAAUGGAAAUUAUAUUUCAAAAGGUACAGGUCUGAGGCACUUAAAAACACAAGGUUCGAAUAAAAUUAAUGGAUACUGCCCAUCUCGUAUUGAUGUUACUAUAUGUAAAUUAAGUAAAAAAUGUACAAUUAAGUUUAUAGCAAAUCAUACAGGCCAUGAUAAUGAUUUAGGACAUUUACCAUUAAAUAAGGAUGUUCGAGAUAACAUAGUGUGGUAUCACCCGUAUUAG